AUGACCAAGAAGAAUCAACAGCAACAACUAUUACAACAACAACAACAACAACAACAAUUACAAUUACAACAACAGAUGCAACAGCAACAACAACAACAACAACAGUUGGAUAUUAAGAAUGAGCCUGAUGAUAGUGACUCGGAUUCAGAUAGAGAGCGAAAGAAGAAUAGGAGUAGGGCUAAUCAGAAUCUGGCGAGCAGGAACUAUAGACAGAGAAAGAAGGAGUACAUCCGCGAUAUAGAGGAGAAGUUGGCUGUGUUGGCACUCGAGAAUGACCAGCUAAAGAAGGAGAACCUCAACUUGAAGAAGGGCGGUGGUCUCGAGAUCAUGAAGCCCGACCCUGCCUUCAUCACAAUGAUGAUGGAAGCCAAGCAGAUCAUCAUCCAGCUGGAUGUGGCCAUCAAGAAGAACGACGACCGAUCGCUCAUCUAUCUGCUGCAACUCUUUCAUCUGUCCAUCGAGAAGCGACACAGCAUCAUUGAGCGCGAGGUCGAGAAGAUGGUGCAUCCAUACACACAGGCCAAGCUGGCUGCCAUGGGCUACGUGCCGUCACUUGAGAACCCGAUGAUCUCAUCGAUCAGUGGGCCAUCCUCGGAUGGCUGGUGGCUCAAGUACAUGCAGGAGGCACAGAUCACAGAGGAGCAGGCUCAGGCCAUCAAGCAACUGCGCUCCAAUCACUGGAAGGCUGACAUUGAGUUGCGAAACGAACGUGAGCGUUUGGAUCGCUCCAUCAAGGAGUUUUACCUGAGCAAGGUGAUGGUGUUCCCCACCAACGAGCGUCUCAACAAGUCGUUCGCAGCCAACCUGUCGAUCACUGACGCGCCAAUGCCGCAGCCCAUCAACAACACGAUUGCCGAUACCAACGCCGUCGACAUCUCCGAGAUACUCGAGUUCACCAGGAAGCUGGAGCACCUGAAAAAGAACUUUGUCAAGCAGCGUACCCUCAUGGAGGACACGCACGCCGCUCUCUCGGCCAUCCUCACGCCACGACAAGAGGCAAUGCUUCUCGUGCGUGUACAUUACUCGACUCGAUACGACUUUGCCAACAUGGAGAUGCUCAAGAACGUUUGGGGAAGCGUCUCCAAGGACUCCAACUUCCCGCCUCCUCCACCCCAGUUUCCACCAUCGCUUCUCAACAACAACGUCAACCAAAUCAACAACAAUCUGUUGACCAUCCAAAACAUGUACAGUCCGUACUCAAACAACAACACCACAUCCACCACCUCCACAACCACAACACCAUCAUCGAAUAACCAGCAGCAGCAGCAGCUUCAAUCACCUCAACUCAUCAAUCAACACAACGCCAGUCUCAAUAACAAUACAUCUUCACCGUUGUUGACCAACCAGAACAGCAACAAUAACGCACAGGCGCCACCUUUGUUGGCACAACACAACCAUCCAAUCCAGAGCAACACUGGAUACUACUAG